AUGUCCAUCCGCCGUGGUGUCGGUCUCGGCGCAUUCACAAAUAGAACUGCCACAGCCCAACAAUACGCGGCCCAUGGCUCAUCACUCAAGUCUGCAAAUGCGGCUUCCCUGCAGGCUCAACUCGAAGUCUUCCAAUCUCUUCUCCACAACUUCGCUCUAGAGCAUGCCGCAACUAUAAAAUCCAACCCGACAUUUCGGGCUGAGUUCGCUCGGAUGUGUAACGCUAUUGGCGUUGAUCCACUUGCAGGCAGCAAUAUAAAAGGCAAAAAGGCCGACUCUCUUUGGGCGAAGGUACUAGGCCAUGAUGUUAAUGACUUUUACUUCUCUGUUGCGGUGAGGGUGGUAGAGUUGUGUCAGGGGACGAGGGCGGAAAAUGGAGGUUUAAUCGGGCUCAAGGAAUGUUCUGAAACUGUGGCCAAGGGGAAGGCUAUUGGUGGUGGAUUGCAGGUGUCGGAGGACGACAUCGAAAGAGCAGUCAAGUCCCUGGAACCGCUUGGGUCCGGGUUUGUGAUUCUCACUAUUGCGAACAAAAGAUUCAUUCGCUCCGUGCCAAAGGAGUUCAAUACGGACCAGUCUACGGUGCUCGAGGUGUUGCAGCUUUUGGGCAGCGUGACCGUAUCGCUUUUGCAACUCAACCUGAGUUGGGAACGAGCUCGGGCCGAAACCGUCAUUCAAGAUCUAUUAGCAGAUUCCCUAGUAUGGGUUGACUAUCAAUGUUCGGAACCGGAGUAUUGGUCUCCACAAGGACUACUGGACGAUAACGAGUGA